GACCAAAGUUAGAAACCACGUGGUGCGUGAGUCAGUAGCCAUGCAAGUUGUCAUCGUGGAGGAGUGCUGAUGUUUUCAAACCGAAAAUGGACAUUUAAAAAGGCCUGUUUGCCUAGCAGGGGCUGGCCUACCUAAGAGGAUAUCUUCAAACGUUAUUCUGCGAUUUAGGCCUAGCUUUCGACGAUGGAGUGGCAGGGGAGUGGAGCGUCUAACAGUAUGUGUCCUGUGGACGAAAACUGCAGCAGCGGUUCGAAUGAUCAUCUUUCGACUUCACCGCUACUGCAUGGGGCCAGUGCGGAGAGCAUGGCAUCGCUGUGCCAGCGGCAGCAACGCUGCGUGAAGGCCUCCAUCGUGUCUAGCUGGCAGCUGGUGGAGGCGCAGGACCAGCUGUGCGGCCUGGAGCUCCACGGCUCGGAGUCGGCCGAGCAGGAGCGUGCCCGCACCCUGGCCUCGUCCGCCGAGCUCUCCCAGACUGAGCGCGAGUGGCGCCUGAAGGAGAGCAUGCUGGGAAGUGCCGACCCGAGAAGGAGUCCUGAGCUGAGCUCCAACGCCAGCCGAGACGUCUUCAACAAGAGUAUCAUCAAUAUGCAAAGCAGCAUCAACUACAUGGACCAGGACAAGAGCAAAACCUUCGUCCAGAAGCAUGAGCCGCAGGUCAAACAUUUUGGCAUGCUGAGGAGAUGGGAUGACAGUCAACGUUUCCUCUCUGAACAUCCCCAUCUGAUCUGCGAAGCGACAGCCAAUUACCUGAUCCUGUGGUGCUUCCGGCUACAGGCAGAGGAGAAAUCAGCGCUGAUGGAGCAGGUGGCCCACCAGGCCGUGGCUAUGCAGUUCAUCCUGGAGAUGGCCAGUAGCUCUCAGCAGGACCCCAGAGGUGUCUUCCGCCAGUUCUUCCAGAAAGCCAAAGCAGGGCAGGAGGGCUAUUUGGACGUCUUCCACACAGAGCUGGAGGGCUUUAAGCGGAGAGUGAAAGAGUACGCCAUGGCGUCCAAGCUGGAGACAACCAAGGCCAGCGAGCUGCAGCCCUCCACCCCAUGCUGCCGCCUGGAUCCCAAAGAGGUGCUGGAGUCUUUGCCGCCGGAGUUAAAGGCAGGACUCCAGCUUCAGGAUAUGCAGACCCUACAGAAUGUCCUUAGCACAAUGAAUCCACAGGUGGCCGAGUACCAUGUGAGACGUUGCUUGGAGGCAGGCCUGUGGACCAGUGCUGACCGACUGUUCAAAGACGACACCACAGAAGCAGACGACUCUCGCAUGAUGGAGACGUAGUAGUGGACCUACACACACACACACACACACACACACACACACACACACCUCCUCUCUUCUCAUAGGAUGCAUACGAUUAGGAAAACAAAACCAGAACACAGACUUGGGGAAGGGAGGAGGAAGAGGAAGAUGAUGAUGAAAAGGGCUGCAGUCCUCAGAGACUAUUUUCUUUGUCAUUUGCGACUGAAUGUGUGCUGCACUUUAUAUUUGUUUUGAGAGAAAAAAAAAGAGUAUUUUAAAGAACAGGAAAACGGUAUUUUUUUAGGCACUUGUUUGGUGCUAACUUUCUUGUGGAUUGACCGCAGGUGGCGACGAGUGGCCUGCAAAGCAGCCAGCCUUCACUGGAGACGGGCUUCUCCGAGUUUCAGGAGGUGCUGUGAGGAGAUGCCUUGAGAUUAUUAUUAUUAUUUUUUUUCUUUGCUAUUGUUAUUAUUCUUUGUUCUCUUGGGUGUUCCUGCUCAUUUGUUUUUUCUUGAUCUGAAAAGCCAUGGCUUUCUAUUCAUGAGGGAGAGUCACGAAAAGGAGAAGAUGAUUAUUUAAAAGCAGAAAUGGUCAGGUAGAAAUGCUGUGCGUACUUCUUCUCCGACUGGUACUUGACUGCUCAGCAGCUGUGGUGGUGACUCGGCAGUGUUCUUGCUGAGUCAUGCCCCCAUGUGAGGCUUUGAAAUUAUGGCUUGAGCAGCACCCUCUUACCCCCACCCCCCGCAACAUCACUGCUUGCAUGACUUGGCAGGUGUUCAGUCCCAGACAAAUGACCGCUUGGGUGUUGGUGGGGGUAUAUACCCCAAGCAGCUGUCAAGCACUUGUUAACACUCUGUGGAGAUUCAUGAAAUGUUUCUGUAGUUCCUUUUAGCUAAGUCAGAGAAGGCUGAUAAAGAAAAAUUAAAGUAUCAUGGGACAAAGUCCUCCUUAUUAGUUCAAUUUAAGAAACACAUUUGCUCCUGUCUGUCCAGCUGUUGAUUACUUUCAACCAGCAACAAGGAGGGCAUUGUGUUAAAAGCAAUCCAGAUAAUAUUGCAAUUGUUGAAGGGGUAAGGAGCUGCUACAGGUUGAUCUCCAGUCACAUGUCAAUGAAGUGUUUUUAAAGCCAGAUUGAUUCAAAGAAUUCAAAGCUGCUGUCGGAUCAAUGUAGCCGGUUUGUUUUGUAAAACGUAUGCUGUGAACUUGCCCAAAGACAUAUAAGCUGCUGUCAGUGUACUUGCCAUUUGUAUUGAGACCUGUCUUCCCCAAGACAUUAAACCUAGAAACUCUGGUGAUGCUGAGGGUAACCUGAUACUAUGCGGCUGCCCCUAACUGUUUGCAACAUCAUCUUCUGAACAAAAACAAAAAUAAAUCUUCCAUCAUGCUGGAAGAUUUUCACUAUGUAUGGUCAUUACAUACACCCCCCUCCCCGCAAGUGCUUGGCGAUGACUUGAACAGGCUCACAUCUUUAUGCUGACAGCAGAGCAUUCUGGACCUGAUGCCGCUCAGGUCUGGCCCAAUCAAGGUCUGACAAGAACCAGAGGAGUGCUGUAGCCAGCUGCUAUUGACCAUGACGAGGGAUGCAUGAGGUACCUUCACUGAGCAGUGUCGAGUAGUGGUCGAUGUGAGAAGCUGCCCACUGAUGAUGAAAGUUAUCUAGAUAAGUGCUUGUUGCCCAGUAUCUGUGGGAAUGUGCUACAACAGCAUCUCAGCAGCACUGUGCAACAACAUUGCUCUUAAACUUGCCCUGCUCACUGUCACCUAGGGCAGUGUUGCUGGGCAACAAUAUGACAGGUUCCUAUUGUUUUGAUUGGAUGAUUGCGACAAGUUGCCUACAGGUGAUUUUAGGUCUUUAGAUAAAAAUGUGUUGCCUAAUGUCAGAGAAUAUUGCCCAAAUAACAUCAGCCAGUAACAUUGCUCGCCAACAUUGCUCAAAAAGUGGCCCCGUGCAUCAUGACCUUUGAGGUCAUCUUGCCGCGUGGAAGAGCCAUGGUCCUAUUCCUUUGUUAGCCUGCUUUAAACAGGGUGUACACAACUUUAUGGCAGAAUCUCAGUAAAUGUCUCAACACUGUUCUGUGGAAGACGGAUUACUGCAAUAAAUAUUAACGCAAA